UUACGUACAAAUAACACUACCUCACUAUGUGUGUACCUAUAUACACUGUGUGUCUCUACUGUCUCUGUUUUGCCAUGGAAAUGCUUUGAAUUAAUUCAAUAUUGGCGUCGUUGUGUGAUGAUGUGUUGUGUAAGCCAUCCAGCCAGCGUGCAUACGGGUCAGUAUAAACGUGCAUUUCAAUCAAUGAACCCAGGUGUGUUUAAUGACUGAAAUAGUUUUACAAUUCGCGUAAUCUCUGAAAAGGCACAAACGAUUUCAUUGUUCGGGGCGAUUUGACAAAGUGCUUUUUGAAUUGAGGUUUUUUGUUCGAUUGAUGUUGUGAUAAUCUUCGCUCUGAAUUCGCUCUAAUCAACGCGACAAUAAAUUAAAAAAUGUUCAAAUGCUGCCGGAUUUGUGGUGAAUCAGGUGUUGCACACACACGCUUAUGACUCAGAUGUUGUGUGGUGGUAGUGAAGUGAAUUGUAUUUGUUUACCUGAUUUGUGGCUGAUUGUUUUCAAGAGCAGUGACAACCGAACCGGAUUUAUGCUAAAUUUAAAAAUCCAAAAGAAUUUUGUGGUCUGAAAAAAAAAAUUUGUUUUUCGUUUUGACGUCCUUCGCAUUCCUUCAUUGCAUUCAAUUGUGAAAGAGUGAUAGUUUUGUGAGACACGACUAAUAUCUACAUCCAGAAAAGAUCGGCUCCAGUAACAACACCACACAUAGUGGUGAGUGAUAACCACUUGAAUUAUUACCUUAAGUGUUUAAUUAGAACGAGGAAGAAUUUUCUCAUAUUUAUGUGAUUGUGCAAAUGAGCAGUCAUUGCUUGGUUGGUAGCGUCUGAAAGAAGAAGUUUUUUUUUAUUAAAUCAACUUUAGUUGCGGGGAAAUACGUGUGUGCUGAUUUAACCGGUGAUUCCGUAUAAACAAUAAAGACAACAAAAACGCGAUACCAGUCACGAUGCAAGCAGAUACCAAUAGAACUGAAAUCUACACGAUAACAUCGGAUCAACAUGUUCAGACCAAGGGACAAGACAAUCUAGGACACGACAUUCCAGAACUACUACCAACUUCAAAUGGUUUCAUAGCGGUUCCCUUGCAAACCGAAUUCGAUCAGUCACAUUCCAUUCCACAGCCAUCGGCAGUUGAAAUGACACCAUUACCGUCGGGCCCACGGAUGGGCAGGAAAACAUCAUUUUUCAUUGACACACUUAUUGUACUUAUCGUUGCAUUGUGGCUGAUACUCAUCGAAGUUGGAAUAUUUCCCCACGUGCAGCGAGGAUUCUACUGUGACGAUCGAUCCAUUGCAUUCAAAUUCACCGGUGACACAAUAUCAACGGCUGUCAUCAUAAGCAGUAUUUUCGUGCCAUUCUUCCUCAUAUGGCUGAACGAGGCGAUUUUCUACAAACCAGAAUCGAUAAAGUGUACGCGCUUGAAACGAACGCUGACCGAAGCGCUCUUCUGGUUCAAGCAGUACAGCAUCGGCAUGGUGAUCCAUUUCAUCAUCAUUGACGGAUUGAAGGUGUUGGUGGGUGAGCUGAGACCACAUUUCUUGGAUACAUGUCAGCCGGAUGCGUUUUUUAAUUGCUCGGGAAGUGAGUUCAUCACCGAAUACACCUGCACCAACACAGUCGACAAGCAAUUUUUCGUCAGAGACAGUUCCAAGUCAUUUCCAUCCGGCCAUUCGUCAAUCAGUUUCUUCGAAGCAAUUUUCAUGAUAUGGUAUCUACAGAGACGAAUGCCACGCAUUCGCAGCCAAUUUCUGUUGCUGUUGCUGCAAGUGUUGCUUUUGUUCUGGGCGUGCGUGUGCUCCGUGUCGCGUAUAACAGAUCAUCGACAUCAUUGGUGGGAUGUGUUGGCCGGAUCAGCAUUGGGAGUUUUUUUCGCUGUAAUGACGUGCAUUUUCCUGUGUAGAGACUUCAAGCGAAAAUCACGCGCUCAGGAAGUUAUUCUUAACGGUAAUGGUGACGCACGGCACACAAGCGUACGGCGAUUGCUGUCGGAUAACAGUGUCAAGGAUGAAGUUACAAUGAAUCAUGUAGUCGUAACCUGAUUCCUGAGUUAUUUAAGUAUUUGAACUUUUCUACUUAUUUAGUCAAAAUGAAUGGGAGAGAGAGAGAGAGAGAGAGAGAAUGUAGAUUUUUGUGUGGAUGGGUGAGUGUGAGAGACAGUGAAUGUGCGAUUAAGAUUUAAUUUAUUUAUAACUCAGAGAAAUGCUAGGUUCCCAGCACUGCAAGCGAUAGAACAUGUACAGUACGUAUGAUGGGAGAAAAGAGAACAGCGAAUUGUGUCAAUUCUCUCAAUUAGUGAGAGAACCCAGAUGUCAUUCACGCGUUUGAUCUCAUGCAUUGCUGACCACUUGUAGCAUUUCUCUGCUUAUAGCUCUGAUGGUAUUUCUAUGUUGGGAUUUAGCAUUUUAAUAAUUUUAGUAUUUAUUUUACCUGGUAGCUGUAAACUCAAUUAAAUUUUAUCGUUGAACUGUAUAGAGACUGGACAAUCCAUAUAAAGUUCACACAAAAUGUGUGUAACGGAUUGGAAUGAUCCAGUUUCGUUGGAGUAGUUAGUUCGACAGAUUUUAAGAGCAAUGAGUGAAUUUAGCUAAGACACAAACCGAAAUAUUUGAAAAUUAAAAAAAUUCGGUCGAAAAACGGUUUACUUAAGCGGAGGAGGCCACGGUUUAUUUUUGGGAUUUUUUUUGAAAAUCUUGAAAAAUUCAGAAGACACUCCGAAUAAUUCGGAGGAAACUCCGAAUAAUUCGGAAAAAAUUCUGAAAAGAUGGCUAAGACUACGAAAAACCUGAAAUUUUUUCUAAGAUUUUCGGAAUUUGACUGGAAAUCGAUACUUUAUAACGAUCCAUAGUCAAACUGAAAUGGAUUUCGAAAUCUUUUAAACUUGUGUUGAAUGACACUUUUGCGUCCAAGCUCAACGAAUGAUCGCUCUUAAGUGAUGUCGAACAAUUUGGAUAUGACUUGCAUUCGAUAGCAAUAACUAUUUUAGUAUUCAAUUGUGUCUGUGUGUUUGUGAAUUAAUUUCCAUGUACUGAGUGUGUACGGUUGGGCUGUACUUGGUUUCAAUGAUGAAACGGUUACUCUUUUAUUGUAAGAUUUUAAAUUAUCGAAAAUAAAUUUACGAAUCGGCAUUCGUUUGAGUCGAAGCC